GAGCUCGCGACUUAAUGAUUUACAUGGAUAUAAUUUGCGAAAGAUUGUUUAUCAAAUUCACAUACAAUUAAAAAAUUAUGAUAUGUUUUCAAAAAUUGUAUUGAUAUCAAUAUUUUGCAGAUAAAUAUGUAAUAAAUAAUUUAUGUAUAAUACGAAACCGUUUUCAAAAACUAUAUUUCAGUAUCCGGCAUGUUUACGUAGUCUCGAAACUAGGAAAACAAAAUGGCGCUGUAAGUAGUGGAUGACAUCACUUCGAUAAAUAUGGGACAAGAGGUUUAGUUAAAAAUCAAAGGAGACGAAGUCGAUACACAAAAAUAGAAACCUUUAUGUGUGAUGUCAAUUCCGUUCAGCGGUCGUUUUGGUCGGUCGGGUGGUGUGGUUUCUGCCAUAGGAAAACAAUUAAAAGGUGUUAACUUAAAACCUGUUAAAAGGGUUACUGUAACAUUUGAUCCAUUUCACGAAAAUGCAACUGCAACUAGGGACUUCUUGUACUUCCUCACAUCUCCGAAAAUAGGCAGAACAAAUCCAGGUUGUGUGAUAAAAACUGAUGUUGUGUGUGAUCGCAGGUCACCCACAGUCAAAUUUUCUUUCAAUCCAGAUGCUGCAGAGCAAGCAAAGAUUCAGAGUGUCACUCUGAAAGCAGAUAAUUUAACUACUUUAGAGUUGUUACAGCUAUGCAAUAAACAUAUAUCAGUAUUUGCACCCAAAGACGAAAUUACUGUAACUAAAUUGGAAACAAAAUCUGCGAGAAGGAAAUAGAUUUGUAAAAUGGGGCACAACAAAGGCAACAUAGAUGUUAUUGAACAAUUGUAUAGCCAUGUUCCUGCUUUCACUGAUGUUUUUUCUGAGGACACAUUCUAUGUCUUUGCAUUAUGUUUUGUAUUAACUACUAUAGUUGUGGC